AUGGACAGCCACUUAAUCUAUGUAGCUCGUCACGGCCACGCCAAUUCCAACAUCGGUCUCAGCCAUCAUGGAACCGAUAUUUUCACACUGAACGAUAAAACCUUUUCCGAAUUUCUCCAUUCUAGAAAUGUUAUUAAACAUGGAGACUUUCUGCCAGAUAACCUCACACGACAUGGAAAAGAAGAACUGCGGCGUUACGUGGAUGAACAUCCAGAGUUCUUAGAUUCUUUGGAUCUCAUACUUUGUUCCCCGUUGACCAGAUCCAUUCUGACCGCAAAGGGAUUGGCGCAGACAAACAAGGCUCGAAUUGAUAUCCCUCCAAUAACAUAUGUGGAAGGCGGCAAGCGAUAUGCUUCUACCGUUGAUCUUGCGGGAGGCUUAGCUGAAUGGACUUUAUUGGGUGAAGAAGUUGUUGAUCUGACUGUGGAAACACCAGAGGACCAGUGGGAGGACUGGAAUGACCUGCAGAAGCGAUUAUCCGCCAUCGAAAUAUACAAGCCCCUUGACGAGAUCGAGGAGCAGGACAAGAGGCUUCGGAUUCAAAUUCGCGACUUGGUCCAAACGAUCGCCAAAUCCAAAGAGCGAAGUGUUAAAGUCCUCAUUGUUACCCAUGGCGGCAAGAUCAACACGCUUACUGGGCAUUACAGAACCCAGUUGGAGUCGAACAACGGGGAAUGGGAAUUAAAAAUUUCAUCCUGCUUCGCCAACCUCGGGACAGCAGUAUACAAGUUUAGUUCUGCCACAGACGAAAAGGCCGAGUUGGUAGAGGUACAUGAAAGCGAGUACCAUGCACAGAUCCUAGGGUCAGACAACCAGCGGCCAAGGGGGUUCACUUACAUCGAUAGUAGUGGAAAAGCUGCUGAUGAGAGACAACUCUACGAGAUGUUCCUCAAGGAGACGCACGAGGAGGUGAUAGCAAAGGAGAGUACGCCAAUUUAUUUGGCCCUGUUAAGAUGGGAUGGAACUGUCUUGUAA